UCAUUUGCUGCGCCAAUAUCACAUACUUUACGGUAUGAAGUAGCGUUGCCAUAGAAAACCCGGAAAUGCUCAAGAAAGCCCCAUGGAUGCAUUAUCUCGUUUAUGACCUUAUGUAGUUUGUCUAGGUGCAUGUUUUAUUGGUGGUUGUGGUUAUUUUCGGGCUAAUGUUUGUAAUUUUGGAUAUACCUUAAAACGUAAGGGAGCGGUUGACGGGAUAGCAAACUCGUUCUGGAGAAAUCAGUGUCGGUCAUCCAAUAAGCCCGACAAGAUGUCUGGUCAGCAUGGAGUGGCAGCUAACUGAACGGAGGCGCCGCGGGGGGAGAGAUGUCGACCAGGGGCUACUGGAGAAACCUUGCAGAAGCCUCGACUGGUCAGUUCUAAUCCCAAAGCCGGACAGGAACACUUCCUGAGGCACAACAGGGCCACCAUGCUUCAGACUAGCAACUACUCCCUGGUGCUGUUGAUUCAACUGAGCCUGCUGGCCUAUGACCUCUUCGUCAACUCCUUCAGCGAACUCCUUCGUGGAGCGCCUGUCAAUCAGCUGGUGCUCUUCACCAUUCAGGAUAUUGCCAUCCUGUUCAACGUGAUCAUCGUUCUCCUGCUGAUGUUCAACACCUACGUGUUCCAGGUUGGCCUGGUCUCCCUGCUGCUGCAGCGCUUCAGGGCUCUGCUGGGGGUCUCCGCCCUCUACCUGACUCUCAGCAUCUGCCUCCACUGCUGGCUCAUGACCCUUCGAUGGAUCGACUCAAACAGUUUUGUUUGGACCAACGGCCUUCAAGCGCUGUUUGUUUUCCAGAGGACAGCUGCUGUGCUGUAUUAUUACCUCUACAAGCGUACAGCAGAGUUCCUGGGAGACCCCAGACUCUAUGAAGACUCUACGUGGCUGCGUGAGGCCUUCGCUAAAGCCCGUCAGUGAAGGAAGCGUUCUGCCCUAUAGUUGCCUUGAGACAUGUUUACAGUGUACAUGUUUGAUGCCAUUUUUUAUUUCAGAUUUUCUAUUUUUGUGUUAGCCAAAUAAACGUUUUAGUAAUUAUAUUGUAUCCCUGAAUAUCCAGGAUGUUUCCUCACUUCAACAGACAACACUUUAUUGUUAACCAGAACAUUUGUCUGGGAUUGAGUUUUUUCAGGGUACAACUCUGUCCACAGAUAACUUCUAGUAGAAGGUAUUUUUGCUAGCUUAUGGUAUAACAUUUGGCUAAACUGCUACCAAUUACAUUUUAAAUGUCUAAAACUGACCACAAGGGGAAAAAAAGACAUGACACCCACAAUUUUAGAAAUAAUUUUUUACUGAUUAAAUGAAAAAAAAAACGUCCACUUGAUCUCACAAUCGUGAAAUCCUAAAUCCAAAAUCCUUUUCCCGUUGAGUGUGAUGUCGAUUCCACUGGAAUGUUGUUGCUUUCUUUGACACAUAAAACUACAACAACAAUAAUACAGAAAAAACUCUCGUCAGUUAACCAUAAUAUAAAAACAAUAAUUGAACAUCACGAUAUAAAAAAGGUAAUUGAACAACAAAGUGUAGGACUCAAGACAUACCAUCAUACAUAUAUGCCGACCCAGAGCAACAGGAAUAGUACACCAAAUCCCAUGAAUAGUGACGCCACGAGGGAGAUGAGAAGCUCUUUGUACACAUCUCUGGUGUACUUUGUGGACGUCACCUCAUAUCUAACCAGAAGUUAAGGGAGGGAACUCAAUCACUGCUGAACAACAUGCAAGAUUUUGGCUCAUCUCUUUCAUCCACAGAAAACCAACCAACCAUCAAAAUAUUUACUUCUGCAAACUU